GAAUCACCAGCAUGUUGCUCAGUUCCAUUCGACAUGAUACAAUAAAAAUAAGCUGGUCAAAAAUACUCCUGCCGCCAGAGUUAAAGUCAGACUUCCCAUUAUCUGUAGCUUUUGAGCUGCAAUGGUUCACUGCUUGCCUCAUUUGACAAUGCAUCACACCGAAACAGAACAGGAAACAAAAGUCAGUCAAGUCAACCAUUUGAAAGGCAGGCAAGCAGAAGGUGAAUGUGAGCGGCAGGCUGAGAUCCACUGUUCUAAAUGUUUUAGUAGUACUCUGCUUUACAAGUCCAGAAAAAAUGAAACCAAGUGACCAGGAUAUUCAGGAAGACAAGACCAGCUCCAAGAUGCUCCCACAGAGCGGACAAUAACCCAACAGCCACAAGGCACUGCACCAUGGAGCUUGUGUCAGUUGAGUAUGAAUACCAGUACAAGGCAAAGGAUGGUCACAUUAUCUCUAUCAAGCCUCAGGAGAAUUACAUCCUGGUCUCCAAAACCAAUGAGCAUUGGUGGCACGUCCGCAAAGACCAGAACACCAAACCAUUUUACAUCCCUGCCAAGUAUGUGAAGGAGCUGUCAGUCCAAACACCCAUUUCUUCUGCUACUAAGAAGCUGGACUCAUCAGAGAGUGUAACUAAAAGCAAACCUUCAAUUUGUACAAGUCAGGAGAAGUAUCGCUUCUCUACGUUUGGUUUCUGUGAGAACUCAUCACAUGUGAAGUCUUGGGAGCCUGGGAAAGGCACAGCAACAAGAAGUGCCAGCUUUGCAAACACUCCAAAGACUGCACAGAUGCACAACUCAAAACCAGGGGAUGCACCUAUCUCAGCACCUCCAAAGACUGAUGUUCUCGAUGUGGAAACAAAACCUCAACCUGCAGAGAACCAUACACAGCUCAAAGCUCCUCAAAGCUCACCUCAGGACAAUGCAUCAAAAGUACAAACUGAGACUUUUCUCGAGGAUUACAACAUGGACUUUCCUUUACCGCCACCAGACAUGCAUGACAUGAUUCCAGACAUAGAGAUCACGGAAUCAGACCAUUUCCCCGAGCUGGAAACUCUGGUUCCUGCAAAUGAAGAAUCAGUUGAUCUGCAGAGCUCGAACCAAACUACAGAAACAGGUCUUCGCACAGACAGACAGAUACAGAAUGACAAUCCUCAGACGGGAGUGUAUGUGAACGUAGCACAACUUCGCAAAAGUAUUACGGAGUCUCCGCCUUUGGUUUCCUCUCUCUGCUCUCUGUCCCACCUCAACGAAUGGGAGGUGCAUGUUGACCAAGAGAGUGGACAGGAGUACUACUAUCACACUGCCACAGGGCGCACGACCUGGGACAGCCCCUUUUUAGACUCCCCUACAGACGCUCAACAGCUCUCCUCUGAGGAACUCCAGCCUCCAUCGCUUCCACGUUCUCCUGGCAGUUCUUUGUCCUCGCCCCUGCCCUCUGGGUGGACUUCAGAUUGGGAACAGUUGGUGGAUGAAAGCAGUGGUCGGCCAUACUUCUACAACCUGAUGUCUGGGGAGACGUCCUGGGAGCCUCCAGAACAACAGAGCCCCUACCCCCCUCUGAUGGAUUCCCUGCACAGGUUUCCUGACGAUGGACUGCCUCCAUUACCUGUGGAGGACUAUCCCCCUGAGGAUUACCCAACUGACGAUAAUCCAGACAGUUCAGAGGAACACCUUGCCACCGAAAUCCCCAGCUUUUCCAACGAGUUCUCCUUCAGCCAUGUGACCCGGCCCAACAUCCCCCGGGCCAACCUGGACCGCAGCACUCCGCCUGGAUGGAACCUCACAGUUGAGCCCAAUGGGACUUGGGUGUUUACGACUGAAAACUCUUCAGACCAGUGGAUCAAAUCUAUGGAUGAGCAAGGGCAGACCUACUACUACCUGAGAGAUGGCUCCAGGUCCCAGUGGAACCUGCCAGAGGCCCCUGUAGCUCCCUACAAAUCCAGGGAGGAGAAUGGUGUUGUGGGAGAGAAUGUGUCAGUUAUCAGAAACUGGAGGCACACAAUGGGACCUUCUCAGUUCAGCACUGGCCAGGACGAUGGGAGAUUUGUCCCAGCUCACAAGAGGAAUAUGUCAGACAACAGUAGCAAUGGUACCAGUACGGAAAACUCUUCAGAGACACAACAUGAUAUACAGAACUUGGAGAAAGCUGGAAUUCUCAACAAAACAAAAGUUUCAGAGAACGGAAAGAAAGUACGGAAAAACUGGACUCCAACGUGGACAGUUCUCCGUGAAGGAGUGUUGACGUUUCACAAAGACCCCAAGUCUACAGCAGCAGGGAAUAUUAACAAGACCAAUCAGAUUGUUCCUGAGUUUGCAGUAGAGCUGAAAGGAGCAACUAUUGGUUGGGCCUCAAAGGACAAAUCCAGUAAAAAGAAUGUGUUAGAGUUAAAAGGAAAGAACGGCGUGGAGUUUCUCAUCCAGUAUGAUACAGACAGUAUCAUCCACGACUGGCACAAAAUCAUACUGGACGCCAUACGAAAACUAGAUUAUCAGGACAAUCAUCCUGAAGAGGAGGAUGGAGACAUUUACGAAAAGAUUGCAGAUGACAAACCCAGCAGUACCAUAGACAGACGAAAACACCCUAAGCAACCUGUCACACAUACACCCAGCUCUUCAGGGGAGACGGACCCCAAAAAGGUUCGAACCAAGUUGAUGAAAUUGCUUAUGAAGCGUCCUACGUUGGAGGCAGUGAAGGAAAAAGGCUAUUUCAGAGAAAAUGUCUUUGGCUGUCCUCUUGAUGCACUCUGUGCACUUGAAAAGACAACAGUUCCCAGUUUUGUGGAAAAAUGCAUAAAAGCAGUGGAAAAGAGGGGUUUAGACAUUGAUGGAUUGUACAGGGUUAGUGGAAACCUUGCUGUCAUUCAAAAACUUCGCUGUAAGGCUGAUCAUGAGGAGCUUAACCUGGAAGAUGGUCAAUGGGAAGAUGUUCACGUCAUCACCGGAGCACUGAAGUUAUUCUUCCGAGAGCUUCCCGAACCACUUUUCCCUUUCAGCCACUUUGAUGCAUUCAUCUCUGCCAUCAGGAUUUCUGAUUAUAAUGCAAAACUGUCGCGCAUUUAUGAACUGGUCAAAUCACUUCCUCAAGCUAAUCAUGACACCAUGGCACUGCUUUUUGAGCAUUUGCACAGGCUCAUUCAGUAUGGUGAGGACAAUCGCAUGACUGUUCAGAACGUGGCUAUUGUGUUUGGCCCAACUCUGCUUCGCCCUGAGAAAGAGUCAUCCAACAUCGCCAUGCACAUGAUCUUCCAGAACCAGAUUGUGGAGUUCGUCUUGAAUGAAUUUGAGUGCAUCUUCCGCUCCAGCUGAAGCAGGCACUAGCAGACCCAAGGAACUCGAGAUACAAAACCUUCUUCCAUUUCUUGCUGAAAAUUUCUUAAACUUCUUAACAGUUUGAAAAAACAGUACACUUUUAUUUUUUUUUAAAAGGCAGUAUUGGGGGGAUUCAUUCUUGAGUCACAGAGUAUCAGCUGUGGAUGGUGUUUUGAAUCUAAAUCGAGCUGAGCAUUUUUUUUUGUAAAAGAAAUUGACUAAAUAUUAAACUAAAAUAUUAAACAUUUAGGGUUGUAAAUCUCACAAGUCACUUUCUAAGUUCAAUUCUUUUACUUUCUUUUUGGAUUUAUUUUCAGGUCUUUUAUUAAUCACAUUGUAUAUAAAUCUGAGAUGAAUAGAGGAAUUACUUCUUAUUCAAGGUUUAAAAAUUGCUUUUGUAAUUUUUAAGUGUUUAAAGACUCACACAUGUUUAGUGUUUAAGGUAGCAAUAUGUCACCCAUCAGAAAGAAUGCAUUCUCGUACUGUGCUUUCUUUUAAGUCUUUCUUUUAUCCUGAAAUGUUCUUGUAAUAUAGAAAUGUAUAAAAUAUAAUAAAUAUAUUGUAUUGCUGAUGGAAAGUAGGUGAACAGAAAACUUUUUUACCCAGCUUUCCUGAAGAGAUUGUACAAUAACAUCACAGAAAUUUAAAAUAAAAGUUUUUUUUACUUUAAAAUCAACUCAAUCUGACAAUUAAUCUGAGAGGAGUGUAUUAAGAGAAAAAUACUUCUUGUAAACAGUAAAGGAGGGUAUAUUUAUGCUGUGAGUUGGUUGAAUAAAUGCUAUAUAGUUCUUCCAAAAUAAUAAAGUAUCAUGAAAAGA